AUGGGUUGGAGCGAUUACCUUGCAGCUGCCGGUUGUCUUGGGACUGCUGUGACAUAUGAAUUGUAUCGGUCUAAAGUUACGGAAUAUGAAAAUAUAUUGAUUGAGCUAUAUGUGAAGAUCGAAGACUUGGAGCUUCAACUAGAACAAGAAUGCCUACAAGCAAAUAGUACUUUCAAUAUUGAACAGAAAGACACUAGAAUUGAUUAUUCAACUGGUGCGUUGAGUUCGGAAGCUAGUGAUUCAGAUGAGCUAAAGAGAAGGCUUGCAAAAUUCGAAGAAGCUAAUCAAGUCUUAAGAGGUAAAGUUUCUCUCGUGAGACGAGAAAAGGUCGAAUUGGAAGAGAGAUUGAAACAAUUUCAGGGUAAAAUUGAAGAUUUAGAAUCCAGUUUAAAGAAAUCUAGCUCAGAAAAGAUUUCAUUGAAGGAACUGUACCAAUUCAAAUUAAAUAAUGAAAUUGAAAGGCUAAUCACUUCACGGGACUUGGAAAUUGCAAACUUGCAUGAUACAGUGAAGCGUUUGAAUAAGGAGAUGGAGCAGGUUGGCGAAAUUAAUUCUACGUUAUCCGACGCUAAAAAAAAAUACGUUUUUGAGAUUGAUCAAAACGCAAAAGAGAUAAGCCUUCUAAAGAAACAAAAGGCAGGCGACGAACAAAACCUUGAGAGCUUGAAUAAAAAAUUGGGAGAAUUGGAAUCGUUGAAUGAGCAAAACAAGAUAGAUUUGAAUACUAAGGGGAAGGAAUUGGAUAAAAAUGGGGUAGAGAUCCUUGAAUUGACUCAAGAAUUGAAGAAUAAUAAGGAAGAGCUUUCAAAGUUGUUAUCUGAAAUUGAAGAUUCCGAAAAGAAUAUAACUGGCAAAGAGGAAUUACUUUCUAUAGGGAAUCAAGAGAUCGAAGAAUUGAAGAGAGAAAUAGAACACCAAACCAAGCUUCUAGAAUCUAAGAGUGAAUCCUUGAAUAAAACCCUUGAAGCUCAAGAUGAAUUUAUGACUAAAUAUAAGGAAUUUGGAUGCGAAAUUGCAAAAUUAUUUGAAGAAGUUACCGAAAUCGAAAAGUACUCCAGUGGGACAAGCGGAAAUUCAGAUGAAGAUUCUAAAUCUGAAGAAUUUGAAUUCGUGAAGUAUAAUGAUAGCAAACGAUCUUCAGAAGAUUUCGAAGAAGUGGAUAUCGCAGAUGCAAACAAGACGUCAAGCGAGUCAUCUGAUAAAGAACAUGAGCAGGAUAAAGAAUAUAGCUCAAUCCAAAAAGAGAAGGAAAAAUCGGAAAGUUCCGACGGUUUGCAAGAUAGGUUUGAUGAACCUAAGGGCGCCGAGCCAUCAAGUUAUGAGUCGUUCGGAAUUAACUUGAGAAAAAUUCAAAGAGUAAGAGAAUAUAUCAAGAAUUCCAGAUCUACUAUAAAUGACCAAUUAUAUUUGCGUCAGGACAAGAGACGUCUUAUCGAAAAGUUGAAUGCGAUACUUGGUGACUACAAGGCCAAGUUGGCAUCCUCUCCCGAAGAAACUAAGAAAUUAGAGGAUGAAACCAAGUUCGUCGAACCUCUGGAUUGUCUAAAUGAUCAAGUUGCUGAACGUCAGUUAGAAAAUAACUUAAAAUCAAUCGUGCAUCAAGCCUCCGAAAGAGAAAGCCAAAUUAAAACACUCGAGUCAAAAUUGGCCGAUUUCUCUGACAACCUUAAAGAUAUUGACCAUUUAAAGCAGAUGAAUGAACGUCUUGAACAGGUUCAUAAUGACUAUAAGAAAACCCUUAAUGCGAAGGAAAGCGAAAUCGAUCGUUUGAGUAAGGAAAUCGCGAAAUUACCUACUGCAACAAGAGAAAUUAGCAAUUUAAAUGCCGAAUUAUCCGCAAAAGACAAACAAAUCCUCACCCUUGAAAGCGACAUACAAAGACUACUGCAUGAUAAUGAACAAUCUGGCAAAUCAAAAGUUCAAAUGCCCGCGACACACGACGAGACCAGUGCCAGUAGAUCUCAACUGUCCAUCAGCGAUGACGACACAAGACUGUCAACAGUGGAAUUUCAGACCUCUCCGGACCUCACUAAACAACCCCAUCUCCCAGAUGAACAGAAAGGCCAUGUCCACAAGUCCUUGCAUGCUGAACCAAAAAGCCCUCCUGAUUCUGCCCCAAAUGAGCCAAGCGGACUACCUGAAACAGAAAUCGACAUUUCUACAUUGAGUCUGCACGCUGCUAAGCGAAUUGCAAAUGAGAGCGAAGUUACUACCAAUAAAGAACUUGUGCACUCAAAAAAUCCUGUACCUGUUUCGGAAGAGAAUGAUGCUUAUCAACACAAAAUUGACCAGCUCACCCGUCAGUUACAACAAGCCAACCAGAAGAUUGACAAGCAGCACAAAGUAAUUUCCAAGAACCUUGAAUUACUAAAAGAAUCAAGGACACGUUCAUCUUCUCCAAUGUCUUCUCCUACCAAGAAUUAG